AGUAAUAGAAGUUCUUUCGUUCAUCUAUGUAAUCCAUAUCCACGUUAUAUAUAGUAAACUAACUCCACCGCCAUGUCUAUUUCUUUUCUUGUUUGAUAUUCAUAGAGGUGCCAGUGAAGCUAUAUCAGCAAAAUGGUCGCCCAAAAGAAACAGAAAAAGGCUUUGGAGAGCAUCAAUUCCAGACUUGCAUUGGUUAUGAAGUCUGGUAAAUACGUGCUGGGCUACAAGCAGACUCUGAAGUCCCUUCGCCAAGGCAAAGCAAAAUUGGUUAUAAUUGCCAAUAAUACCCCAUCCCUAAGGAAAUCUGAAAUUGAAUACUACGCGAUGCUUGCUAAAACUGGAGUACAUCAUUACUCAGGGAACAAUAUCGAGUUAGGAACAGCGUGCGGAAAAUACUUCCGUGUAUGCACACUUUCUAUCACUGACCCUGGAAAUUCUGACAUUAUAAAAUCAACUCCAACAGGAGAUCAGGCAUAAAAUCUUUUUGUAAAAAUAAGAUAAUAAAGAAAAAAAGAAAAAAAAA